AGUAUAUUGAUUUCGUUCGUAUAAGGACUUUGAGAUGUUUUUAAAGAAAGAUAUAUAGCAAAGUGUGCACAUCAGUGUAUCGGUACUCUCCACGAACUGAUCGAGGACGUUAUCGAAACAGCAACGAUACCAACGACCUUACAAAGAGAGAAAUAUUUUUGUCAAACUCAAGAUAAGAUAUAUCCAUCUCUUAAGAAGAAAAUACAAAAAUGCCAGAGGUUUUAGGCAAACAAGUAGGCCCUAUUGGCUUUGGUCUUAUGGGAUUGACCUGGCGAGAUACGCCAUGCCCUCAAGAACAAGCCUUUGAGACUAUGCGUACUGCUCUCAAAAAUGGGGACAACUACUGGAAUGGCGGCGAGUUCUAUGGCCCAGUUGAAUACAACAGUUUGGUUCUUCUGGAAAGAUACUUUGAAAAAUAUCCCGAAGAUGCCGACAAAGUAGUUCUCAACAUCAAGGGAGGAUCGGAUAUGAAAACCGGUCUCCCAGACGGCUCACCCCAGAACACUCGUAGGACUCUCGACGACUGCAUUGCCCAGCUUAAGGGUCGCAAGAAGAUCGACAUGUUUGAGUUCGCCCGCCGGGACCAGAAGGUGCCUAUGGAGAUUACUUUUGAUGUCAUGCAGAAGGAGUAUAUCCAGACAGGUAAGCUUGGUGGUAUCGCUCUAUCAGAGGUGCGGGCCGAGACCAUCCAUGAAGCUGUCAAGCACAUCAAAGUGCUUGCUGUGGAAGUCGAACUAUCACUAUUUUCUACAGACCCCUUGGAAAAUGGCGUUGCAGCUGCGUGCGCUCAGUAUGGAAUACCACUGAUCGCAUACUCCCCGAUUGGAAGAGGCAUGUUGACAGGCCAGUUCAAGAAGUUUGAAGAUAUUCCAAAAAAUUCUAAUAUCCGAAGAUUUCCUCGAUUUCAGCCAGGGAACUUCGAGAUCAACGUGCAGCUGGUCGAGCAGGUAGAGAAGUUGGCCGAGAAGAAAGGAUGUACGCCGGCUCAGUUCGCGAUCAACUGGACACUGGCGCUAUCGAGGCGUCCUGGAAUGCCUACUAUAAUUCCAAUCCCCGGUGCUACAACGGCGGCGAGGGUAAAUGAAAACAGCAAGUUAGUUAAUAUUACUGAUGAGGAGAUGGCUGAGAUUGACGCUACUUUGGCCAAGUUUACAACUGCUGGCGAGCGCUAUCCCGACUAUGUUCCAAUGAACACCUAAGGUUAGACAAACGAUCGUUGUGGAAGGUAUGACCUGUUAGACUGCUGAAAAGAAAGAAGAAGAAGAAAAAAUGGCUAUAUAGUAUCAAAAAGUAUAGAGAAAUAAGAAAUUAUUUUCUAAAUCAUGAUAGGCUGAUAUACGGUCAUGAAAAAUAAACACAAUAUCCUCACCAUAAAACGCAUAAUUGGUUUC